CUCUGUCGGAUUUGCUGGGAAAAUGACCAACAACGUAGGAAGCCAUGUCACAUUCUAUCAAGUCACCGAUCCGAGUGACAAUGCAUUACACCCAAAUCCAGGAACUUUGAGAUAUGGAGCUACCAUGAUCAAGGGGAAAAAAUGGAUCACUUUCCAGAGGGACAUGCGAAUUAAACUUGACAAACCACUGCUCAUUAGUAGCUUCACUGCCAUUGAUGGAAGAGGCGCUAAUAUUCACAUUGCCGGGAAUGCAUGCUUGACGGUCUUUAAGGCAAGCAACAUAAUCAUCCACGGCCUUCGAAUCCACCACUGUCGAUCCCAACCACCAAGCUCGGUUAUGGGUCCUGAUGGAAAGCCAUUUCCAGUAGGCCAAGUUGAUGGAGAUGCAGUCAGGUUAAUUACUGCAUCCAAGGUUUGGAUAGACCACAAUACUUUUUAUGAGUGCGAGGACGGUCUUCUUGACGUUACUCGUGGAUCGACCGAUAUCACCAUCUCCAACAAUUGGUUCAGAGACCAGGACAAGGUAAUGCUCCUUGGCCACGAUGAUGGGUACGUUCGGGACAAGAACAUGAGAGUCACACUCGUGUACAAUCAUUUUGGACCCAACUGCAACCAAAGAAUGCCAAGGAUUCGAUACGGAUAUGCACAUGUGGUGAACAAUUUGUACAGAAAAUGGUCACAGUAUGCAAUCGGAGGAAGCAUGAAUCCUAGCGUUAAGAGUGAAGCCAACCUCUUCAUUGCUCCAAAACGAGGAAACAAGGAGGUCACUUGGAGGAAGGUCAGUAACAGUAUUGGAAGCAAAAGCUCGUGGAAAUUUCGUUCUGUAGGAGAUAUUUUUGAAAAUGAGGCUUCUUUCCUCCAAACAAGCCUGCCUGUGGCUGGAGUAAUGCCACAAUAUAAAAGGAUACAAAGUUUCCUGGUGGCUCAUGCCAAAGCCGUCCGGUCAUUGACAAGGUCAUCGGGUGCACUAAAAUGCACAAAAACAUCCAGAUGCUAA